GAUAUAUCUGUAAUUCUGUGGAGCUCGAAGCAACCCGCUCGUUUUUUACUGAGAUAAACUUUCACAUUAUGAGUUACUCAAGUGCAGAAUAACAUGUUUUGCAUAAAACUUCGAUUUAUUAAUAGUUACAAAUAUUGCUAGUUAUUACUAUAUGUAAUUUUCAGAUGUAGUCACAUUAUCUACAUUAUGUAGUCACUUGAUCUACGAAAAUGUACGUGGGUGUCAAAAACAGGUUCUGUUGUCAAGGUGGAACACAUCGAUCGAUAUUUUCGAAAGUGGGAGAACGCAGACAUUUCUACAAUUUAAAUUUUCUUUUGAACUGUGUUCAACGAGAAUUUUCGUUUUCCAAGAGCAUUCAACAUCCCUUUCAAUUUUCUUCGAACGAUCUCUCUGCGUUUCUAACCACAACGAUAGUGUUUUCUAUCAGUGAUCGUUUUUCGAUCGUAGCAAGGUUAUAUUCGUGAAUAAUAAACAAUAAGGAACGAUAUCAAAAUGCCAAGUCCUUCCACCGAUCGCUUAUUAGCGGAAAGUCGGUGGAAGAUGUGAAACUUCAGAAAAAUACAACGAUGAAAUCUAUGUAUAAAUUGUUUUUCUUGUGCCUUAUCUUCGUUGCAUUAAUAAUAUUGCUCAAUUUAACCAAUUUCUCAAACAAAAUAUACGAUGCACAGACCAAGGAGGCUGCUGUUGCUUCAACAACUGUCAAAAAGAUUGUAUCACCCCAAACAACAGAGGAAGUGACAUUAUGUGUUGUGGUCUGUGGAGACAGAUUGAACGAAGCAUUGACGAUGCUGAAAUCAGCUUUGGUUUUCACAAAUAGACCUCUACAAUUCAUUGUUAUAGCAGAGAACAAUUUGAUUCCUGCAUUUAAUGAGAAAUUGGCAGAAUGGAAGCUGAUGUCGAACAAAACUUUUGACUUUAUAGUCAAAUCUAUUACUUUCCCAGAAGGAAGCGAUGCAGUAAUGUGGAAGAAAUUGUUUAAACCUUGCGCUGCUCAAAGAUUGUUUUUACCUUCUGUUUUGAAUGACACGGAUGCUGUACUUUACGUGGAUACAGAUACUUUGUUCUUAGCUCCACCAGAAAAAAUUUGGGAUGAAUUUAAGAAGAUGAAUACCAGUCAAUUGGCAGCUUUGAGCCCGGAACAUGAAGAUCCUAACACAGGAUGGUAUAACAGAUUUGCAAAGCAUCCAUAUUAUGGAAAAUUAGGUGUAAAUUCAGGUGUGAUGUUGAUGAAUUUAACAAGAAUGAGAGAAUUUAGGUGGAUAGAAUAUGUGAUACCCAUACACAAGGAAUACAAAUUGAAGAUAACAUGGGGGGAUCAAGACAUAAUAAACAUUAUAUUUCAUUAUCAUCCUGAAAAACUUUACGUGUACUCGUGCAGAUAUAAUUAUAGACCCGAUCAUUGUAUGUACAUGCCUGUUUGUACCAAGGCAGAAAAAGAAGGAGCUCUAGUUUUACAUGGCUCUAGAGGCACGUUUCAUUCGCAGAAGCAGCCACCUUUUAAAGCUGUCUAUAAAGCAAUUCAAGAAUAUCAAUUAAAUACAGAUCCGUAUGAUUAUUUAUUAGUGCCAAUGAGAAAUUAUUUAGCUCUGGAACACAGAUCUAACUGUGGCAAAGUAUGGAAAGCAUUCAUAAUUCAGCCUGAACUACAUUUAGGUCAGCAAUAAUAUUUAAAAGUCUUUCCUAUUAUUAUAAGGCUAUAUAGAUAUUGUACACAUACGAUAAGACAAUAACGCGUAGAACAUAGCUAUUUCAAUACAGCACCCCCUUCUAUAACUUAUUGAAACGUACUAUCAAUUUUUAUAUACAGGGUGUUUCACGUAACAGUUUUCACGAUUUUUCAGUGUGUACUUGCGAUAAUCUGACAAAAAAAUAUUCUAAACAAAAGUUGAUCAGUUUUCCGUAUAUAUUACAAUAAAAAAAAGUUGAUCGUGAAAAGUGUUACAUGGGACAACCUAUAUAUAAUUCAGUAACUGAUCGUGUUAAAAUAAAUUGGAUAGUAUAAACAGUCCUACACGUUAAUGUGAUCCUGUACACAGACUGACCGUAUUCCAUAGUGCAUUCUCAUUUUAUUUGUUAACAAGUGCGCUGUGAUUGUUACUGUUUUAUAUGACAAAAAAAAAUAUAUUAUUACAAUUUUAUCUAAGAUUGUUUGACAAUACUCGUUGGAUAGAUUUAAGAAAAUCUCGAAUUUAACUCGAAAGUCUUCUUGUAUUUAAUAAAUAUUAUUAUAUUGAAUUUAGAGAACUUUUUUAAAAAAGUUACUAUAAUUAUACAGAGAAUUAUAAGGUUCGAAAUGGUAAAUGAAAAUUUGAUACAAUUGUGUCUGUAUUACGAGUGCUAAACAUUUUAUAUAGGUUUUUUUUUUAUGUAAAAUUAAGUCGAAUGUAUAAAAUAAAAUUUUUUCUUACAAGUCCUUA